AUGCAGUUUGUUCCUGGUCUACCCACUGCUGCCGUCUUAUUGGCGCUGCUGGCCCGGUUCAGCGACGCUGCUACGGCGGCAUCCUAUGCGGGAUCGGCCAUUUCGAAUCUCUACCCUCCAACAGGCACUUCUGCCGACCACGAGCUGUUUCCACCCGAGACUAAAGUGGGUUUCUGGGGUGAGACCCCGACGGGAGUCCAACCGGCCGCCAUUGAGACAGCGCCGGCGUAUCCGGACAACCUGGGGCAAGCCAACCAAUUCCCGCUCGUCGCGCCGCAGCCGUACGGUCACGCCGGAUCAUCCGAAAAGUUCGACAUCACCAAGUACUGGGGCAAUCUGUCUCCCUGGUACUCGGUGUCAUCAGCCGACUACGGGUUGCCCAAUGCCAAUCCGCUUGCCCCCGAAGACUGCACCGUUACCCAGGUUCACCUGCUGUACCGUCAUGGCGCGCGAUAUCCGACGGCUAGCGCGGCUCCGGCCGAAUUCGCUGCCAAGAUCGCGAAUGCGACUGCAACUGGACUGGAGGUUUACGGCGACCUAGCCUUCCUCUCCGACUGGACUUACAAGCUCGGUGCCGAGGUGCUCACCCCCUUUGGUAGAAGCCAGAACUUCCUCCUCGGGAUCCAGUAUCGGCAGCUGUACGGACACCUCCUCAAUAACUUCACCGAGGCCGGCACCAUUCCCGUCUUCCGGACCGAGUCCCAAGAUCGCAUGGUUAAGACGGCUGAAAACUUCGCCGCCGGUUUCUUUGGCGUGCCCGAGUACUUAGACCAGGUCAAUAUCGAGAUCGUUGUCGAGUCCGGCGGGGUGAACAAUUCGGGUGCUCCGUAUGAGGUCUGCAACAACUCGAACGCCGCAGACAAAGCAUACAUCGGGAGCUCGCUGGCGUCGGACUUUUCUACGAACGCAUUCAAUGCCACACUCGCUCGUCUGAAUGCGCAGAUUUCUGGUCUCACUUUCGCACCUAGCGAUGCCAUAGCCAUGCUCCAGCUCUGCGGGUAUGAGACCCACGCUCUAGGGUACUCCGCAUUCUGCGAGCUCUUCAGCCAGGAAGAUUUCCUAAACUACGAAUACUACUACGAUCUCGUGUUCUACUACAAUAAUGGACCGGGUUCGCCUGUCUCCGCGGCGCAGGGCAAAGCGUAUCUGCAAGAAUUUGUAGCACGCUUCACCGGCGAGUACCCGAAGGGCUGGUCAGCGAUAAACCGGACGAUGGAUAACUCGCCGAUUUACUUCCCCCUAAACCAGUCCAUCUACGCCGACGCCACGCACGAGGUUGUCGUUCUCGAUACGCUCACCGCUUUCAACCUGACGGCGCUGUUCCGCGGGCCACCCCUAAGUUCCACAGAGAACCGACACCAGAACAGCUUCGUCGCCAACAAGGUCGUGCCCUUCGCCACCCACUUUACCGCUCAGGUUCUCGAGUGCCCGUCCUACCAGCCGACUAAACAGAUCAGGUUCCUCGUGAAUGAUGCCGUCAUCCCCGUCGCGGACUCAUACCCGGGGUGUCCAGCGGAUUCGCACGGGCUCUGCGCCUUCGACAACGUGGUGUCGGUGCUCCAGGACCGUAUCGACGAGAUCGACUUCGACCACGACUGCUUCGCCGACUACGAUGUCGAACCGGGCGUCAAUUACAACGGCCGCGCGCCGCGGUCUUAG